AUGAAGCCACAGAAGAGGACGAUCAAGGAUUUCUUCUCCGGGCUGCCACGUGCCCCGCCGCUCCCAAAGACGACAACAACAGAAGAUGCAGACACGACAUGGACAUCUGACGUGACGAGUACGGACCCCAAAUUUACACAGCCCCAUAGACAUCAGUCUUUAGCCAAUCAGUCCUCUUCGUUUGCCUCCACCUCUUCUACUCUCUCCUCCGCACCCACUACGACGAGAGCACCCAGUGUGGAGGAGCAGCUACCCAUUCCAUCGCAAACCUCUGGAAACUCUGGCGCAACCAGACGUGUAGUCUCAAAUGGCGAGCACAUCGUACUGAACUCUGAUUCGGACGACAACGACUCGCUGCAGAGCCUUGAUUUCGGUGACGUGCAACCAAAGUCGACGUUUGUAUCAAAGAAUGUAGUGGACCGUUCUCGAGCCUCUCCAGAAAAGAGUGCUGAAGAGCUGCACCGGCCAGUCAAGAAAGGCAGGACCGGGAAGAAGACUUACACGGUGGUCGUAGAAACUGCCCAGAAGAAUGCCGAGAUAGAGAGACGCAUCCAGGAGCACAAGCAAGAGCUAGACCGGUCCUCUGAAGAGCCAACCUUUGAAAAUGAGGCCAUCAGCGAGGAAAGGCUGGGCCAAGUGGUCCAAGACGACGACGAUCCUGAAAAAGCCCGUCGCCUCUAUUUGGCCAUGCAACGAACCAACACCGCACAGUCCGAAAGCGUUUACUACUUCUUCAAGUCAAGGUCCGAGUCGAUUGUCGUUCAGCGCAGGUUUCCUAGCGGGGCUUUGCCGAGGAUGCAAUGGGCCUCCAGUUUCCGGGAUGGGACCUCGCGAGAUCAGGCCUUCUUGACUGGCUUCGCAUAUCAGAUAUUUCGCAUGCAAGAGCUGCCUGAAGAGCUCGCCUUGUGGAUGCUUGAUCAAUUCUGCUAUGACCACAGCGAGAUAUUACUUACAAAGUAUCUGGAGAUACUCGAGUCCCAUCAUGCACACCUUUCAAGAUUACUAGACUGCAGCAGAAUUGACGCCAUGUUCAAUAUGAUAGGCGCUAGUAUCAAAGACCAGAGUACAACUGCGGGUCUGCCUCUGAUGUCUCGGCUUCACGGCGAGGAAGAACCGGCUCUUCCCCCAUCUCUCAAGUCGAUUGUGACAUUGAUACAGAGGGCUGCACCGUGGCUACGAACAAAGGCUCGAAGUCAUGUGCUGCAUAUCUUGUUCUUCGUGUGUCUAGACAAGGGAGUUUUGUCAGAUUCCCAAGUUCUAGACAUGACACGCAGUGCUAUCGAGGCCAUCACCUGUAACUUCACGGACAACAAGAAACUCGUAUCCGGCGUAGGACUCUCUUUGCCAAUGGAAGAACCCACUCUAAUGCGAUUACAGCUCAGCAAUGUCAUUCCACAAAUACUCUCGAAGAUUACAGACCCUAUUCUCCAACGUAAUCUCGUGUGUGCUCUUCCUGCUUGGUCUCCGCUGACCGCCUAUCUCCAACGAUACCUCGCCCUCUCCUUUCUGUUGUUCCCACAGGUAGUCGAUGUGCCCCUUGCCAAUCCAAAGAUACCCCAGAUGAUACACAAGCAUCUCGAUACUGCAUCGUCAUUUCGCAUCGACAAGCGUACGAAUUACGCCCAUCUCGCCGCUCGAACGACUCUCCUGGACGUGGCCAUUGGACCAGGGCCUUUGUCUGUACCCUAUCAGCCGCUUGUGAGUCCUGCACCAUCACAAGCAGGAUCAUCUCCUGUCAUGGUCCCUUUCCCCGACACCUCGGACAUCAAAGCCUUCAACCAAGAAGUCGAUGCUCUGGCCCAGCACAUCAAAAUGCUCGGCAACUCGAUUGUGGAAGCCGGGGCCGUGGUUGACCUAUCCAUUCUCGAAGCAAAAGACGCCACGGAAAGACUGUGGGCGCGUUUGGAGCACGCAGUCCGGCUUGGGGGGAAGAAGACGCAUAAUGUGUUUGGCGCAGAGGACGACGAGGAGAGACAGUUGAAACUCAACAGAUUCUUCUUGAAGCCGAAGAAGACGGCGUCGACACCAACGGCGCGUGGUAUUUUUGAUGACGAUGAUGCUGGCGAGUCUCUUGCAUAA